CUGGCGUCGUCUGCAGAGCGAAUGGAGAUGUCCCCAAUCAGAGAGGCGGCUGUAGAACAGGGGCGGGGCGUCCCUGAGACUUCGGUUGCGUGGCGGAAAGAAGAGCGCGAGACGAGAAGGGUGGCUGGUUUGGUUGAGUGAUCGAAAAGAAGGAAGCGGCUAUGGCGGUGGAGAAGCACCGCCUCCGCUCUUGCCGCCGCCGCGCUUCUUCCUGCUAGCGUGAAAGGCUGGUUGGCUCCGGUGCCGGGAAUGGCGGGCCCGCCGCGGCUACGGCCGCUUCCCUUGCUGCUCCUCGUCUUUUUGGCCGUACCCUUCGCCGCCUCUGAGCAAGACACCGGCCAGGACCGAGAGCCUCCGCCGCAGCAGGAGCAGCAGAAGCCGCCGCCGCAGCAGCCCGCGGUUCUGGGGCCGGAGCUGGCCAGGGCCGAGAAAGGGCCUACUCUGGUUGCUCCAGUCCAUUCUGUUAGUGAAGACUCUACAGAUAAGACUAAUCUGGGAUUUAUCCAUGCAUUUGUGGCUGCCAUAUCGGUCAUCAUUGUCUCUGAACUUGGCGAUAAAACUUUCUUCAUUGCAGCCAUCAUGGCAAUGCGUUACAACCGCUUAACAGUGCUAGCUGGGGCUAUGCUUGCCCUAGGGUUGAUGACAUGUUUAUCAGUUUUAUUUGGCUAUGCCACCACAGUAAUCCCCAGAGUAUACACCUACUAUGUGUCAACGGCACUCUUUGCAAUUUUUGGCAUCCGAAUGCUUCGGGAAGGUUUAAAGAUGAGCGCAGAUGAGGGCCAGGAAGAACUGGAGGAAGUUCAAGCUGAACUCAAGAAGAAAGAUGAAGAGCUCCAGAGAACAAAACUAUUAAAUGGACCUGGAGAUGUGGAAAUGGGAACAGGCCCCAGUAUACCUCAGAGAAAAUGGCUGCAUUUUAUUUCUCCAAUUUUUGUGCAAGCUUUUACUUUAACAUUCUUAGCAGAAUGGGGUGACCGCUCGCAGUUAACCACAAUAGUUCUGGCAGCAAGAGAGGAUCCCUAUGGUGUGGCAGUGGGUGGAACAGUUGGACAUAGCUUGUGUACUGGCUUAGCAGUGAUUGGAGGAAGAAUGAUAGCACAAAAAAUCUCUGUUCGGACUGUGACAAUCAUAGGAGGCAUUGUUUUCUUAGCAUUUGCAUUCUCUGCACUAUUUAUAAGCCCAGAUGCUGGUUUUUAACAAGAUGUUUCCCCUUUACUUGAAAGAGCAAGAAUUAGGAGCAACCCCUGUAUAUAGUGUACAGCUAUUAGUCAAACAAGCACUGAAGAUGGGAUGCUGUAACUUUUAUAGUAACAUUUAGUUUGGUAUACUUUGUGGACACAAUCUGUGCUGGAGACGUACAUAUUCUAUAUAUUUGGGACAUGAAUAUUAUGUUUGCUUACUGUAGCUAGCUUGGGUAAACUGAGAUCCACCUUCUGAAAUUUUACGAGGUUUGCUACUUCAUCUACAGAUCACCACUAGCCAUCGGUUAAAGAUCCCCUUUCUGGAUGAAUCACUGCUGCCUGGGGCUAGCAGUUACGCCUUAUAAAAGUGUCUAGUACUAAGUAUUAGGGACAACCUUUUGCCUCUGACCUUACAGCCCAAAUAAAUCAUUCCACCAUGAAAAAUGAAAACCAGGAAAGCUGAGAGCUGCUGUUGUGAUUUAGACAUCUACUCAAGAAUUUGGAUUCAGCUUGUAGCUGAAUUGUGGAAAAACCAGGAUAUUUUGGUAUGGAGUAUGCUAAUUCUGAUGACUUCAACUACGCAAUGUAGCCAUAUAGUAAUUUGUAAAAUCCUUUUUUUGUAUUUAUGUGAAACAUUCACUGCUUUCUCAGAUUAAAGUACUAAAAGUAUUAUUUUUCUUAAUAACUAAAAAUGUACAAUAGGAGAACAUGAAUAAAAUUUAGGUGUCUUCUGUUAUAUACAUGCAAUUAUGUUGAAUGUUAGAUUGAUUCAGAGGAAACUUGUGUCAUAAUCUAUUACUGAUCAAUUUGGGUUUUUUUUAAGAGGCAAGCAUUUUGGCAACCUUCAUUGUUUCUACUGGGCACAUAUUUCUGUGAUCCCUUGAGGUUGCUACUCCCAUCUGUUUAAAUCAUGGAGUAAAUUCUGUAAUGACUCCUAAAUUGAUGGUUGGGGAGUUUGAAUAGUCUAAUACCGUGUCUGAUAGUCUCUGCUGUAAAAACAAUGUAAAUACCUCCAAGUACUGCGUAAGUGCAGCAGUUAUCUGUACUUCAUAUGUAAGCGGUAUCUCUAGACUAGAAAACUAGUGCUUACAUGUGAAGGAUGGAAAACUAUUGCAAUAUUAGGAAAUCAACUAUCUUCCAAAAGUAGUCUUGGCCCUUAAAGGUGAGAGGGGUUUAAGUAUACAUUUUACAACAGCAAGCUUAGAAGCCCAGAUGAAAUUAGCCAAAGAUUUAAGAAUUACUGUAAUAGUUUAUCAGGAUGGAAAGAUUACUUGAAAAAUAAAACUCCUUUGUAAAGGUG